CCGUAGUUUCCCAGAAGACAACUGCGUUUAUUUGUUGUCAUAGCAACUUAGGCACUCGAAAACCCUUGUAAUGUAUGAGGGUUUUUUCCGACUCCAGCGUCAAAAUCCAGCUUAAAAAGAGGGAUGUCCGCUGAAGCACAAGAACACGAGCCCUUUCCGGUAAAGCCUUCCCGCUCUACGGUGGAUUUCAAAUGCCACACCUUACAGGAUCCAGACUUUCAUCCCAGACAAAAGGAUGUAAAGAAACUCAGGCGAGCCUCAGGCCAAAGACGGUGGUUCCUGGGUUUGGAAACCGAGUCCGAGUUGGUGUGGGAGGAUUGGGAGCCAGGCGGAGAGUUCACAAAGUCACUGGUGUUGAGGAAUGUUCGCAACAAGCUGCACAAACUAAGCAUAAGACCUCCAGAAUCCGGGUUUUUCCAAACCUUUGUUCCUCACACGGUUCUUCUAAGUCCUGGGAUUUCUUACUCCAUUCCGGUCACCUUCAGACCUCUUCAAAGAUGCGAGUACGAGGACUGCAUCGAGUUUCUGAGUGCAGAGGGACGUUUUCCAGUGAACCUGCGGGCCGUCACCCCCUCUCAUUCCUUAAAGGCCCCUGACUCGGUGCUGCUGCCCCUCUGUGGGGUCCAGCACUCGUCACAAGCUCAGUUUCUUCUGAAAAACCUCAGUAAACUGCAGACGUUCUUCCUGUGGGAUUGUGCUCCACCGUUCCACAUCCGUCCAGCGCGAGGCCUCCUGAAACCGGAGCAGACAUGCAGCAUCACGGUGGUGUUUGAGCCCCAGGAGGCCAAAGUCUUCCAGCAGGAGGCGCACUGCAGGUUUGGAGAGGAGGAGGCCUGGACGGACAGCUGCUCUGUGCUCCUGCAAGGAGGAGCUAAAUAUCCUCACCUUCAGUUCAGAGGUUUUACAAGCUCAGGAGAAAACGAGCACAGAGAUCCAGUCCUGCAGUUUGGGUCGGUGGCGGUUGGUCACAGUUCGUGUAGACACUUUGAGAUCUUUAACCCGUCUCUUGUAGAGGUGUCCUUUUCUCUGUCGCGGCUGCCCGGCGUGGAGCCCGUGUUCGGGUCAGAGUUCAGCUGUGAUGUCACUGCGGGGGUGCUGGUGGCCGGAGGAUCCCUGCGAGCGUCAGUCACAUAUUCUCCAGCAGAGGUGGACGCCGUCUCUGUGGAGUAUCUGUCUCUGACCUACAGAGGAGCGCUCAGCAAAGCUAACAUCAAACUCACCGGGAGGUGCACAGGUCCUGAAGUGUCCCUGUCCUCCUCUCUGCUGGACUUUGGGAGUGUUGAAGAAAAGCAGAGUGCAGCUCAGACUCUGGAGAUGAUAAACUCCUCCUCUAUUGAGGCUUUCUACCAAUGGGAAAUAAACAAUUCAAACAGCAUCUUCAGCAUUCAUCCAGCAGGGGGCGCUGUUCCCCCACAGAACCGCAUCAAAGUCACAGCAGUUUACAGACCCAGGAGUGUCAUGGAGCACAGCAGCAGAGUGGCGUGUCUCAUCCUGCACAGGGAGCCAAUGUUUCUGGAUUUGGUGGGAACCUGCCGCUCAGAGCUCCAGAAACCUGCAGGACGGAAACCCAGAGAUGUGAGGAAAAUCCACGGAGAGAAUCCAGCAGAUAUACAUCAUAAGCAUGAUGAUAAGCAUCAUCCAAACACACAAGAGGGACACGCCCCCACGAUGGAGGAGCCAAAUCAAACAAACGCUGCUGUUGUCAGAUCAAACACACCGAUGGAAGAACUUUACAGAGUUUACAUGGGAAGCACUGACCUUUCCUCUGCAAGUCCAUCUCCACAUGUAUCUCUGACGCCACACGAGCUCCUCUUCCAUCACAAACUAGCUUCAUCUUCCUCCACCGACGACUCCUCCUCUCAGUACGUCUCCAUCAAAAACCACAGCAGCAGCACGCUCAGUCUGGUUUGGACUCUUGUCAAAGAUUCUCCGUUCACGCUCUCACCCUCGUCAUGUGACCUGGCUCCGUUAAAGUCCACCUCCUUCCUGGUGACGUACGCCCCUAAAGAUCUCAACACUCUGCACGGAGGACGGCUAGAGUGCUUUGCAUUCUAUAAGGUCAGUCCUGGUGUGGGACAGCCGGGUCCCCCCUGGUGCGGGACGGUCAGGGUCAUCGGCCACUCCUUCCAGUCGGGGAGAGAACACUUCAGACCAAACUGCUCUCUGAUGCCCUCUCAUGUGAGCUUUCCGCCGCUCGCUGUUGUCUCCUAUCGGACCGUGCUCCUGCAGAACCACGGAGACCUGCCGCUCACGUUCUGCCUGGACCGUAGACCAGAGUCCGUGGAGGUUCUGCCGAGCUGUGGUCUGAUCCAGCCACGGCGUCAUCAGAUCCUCACCCUCAGAGCAGUUCCCACCGAGGACAGCCCCAAACAGGGGUUCACUGUGUCACUGCGACUCAAUGCAGCCGACUUCACACAGGAACUGUCAGUGCUCAGCGUGCUGGAAAAGCCGCGUGUUUCUCUGGACUGUGGCGCCAUCUUAUAUUUCCAUCCCACAGCCGUGGGCUCGGAAACGCAGCGCCGCCAUCACAUCAGGAACUUAAGCCGCCUCCCUUUACGGUUUCAUUGGAGCGUUCCCGAGUCUCACCAGAAUCUUUUCAGCGUCGGGCCAGACGCUGGUGUUCUGCAUCCCAAUGAGAGCUCAGUGCAGGUGUGGUCCUUCCGUCCCGUCUCAGAGAAAACCCACCAGAUCAAACCCACUCUCAGCUUCUGGCCAGUUCAGAGUGAUGGAUCUGAAAAAUCCCAGCUGACCCUGGAGGUGGUUGGGACGGGCUCCUGUGGAUCCAUAAAGGCAGAGAACCCCGUUCUGGAUGUGGGGGAGGUUCUGGUGGGAACCGAUCGGCUGAUCGAGGUUCCUCUGGUAAAUGACAGCCCCUGUCCCGUCUCCUUCCGCCUCACUGUGCAGCAGAAGCUGACAGGAAAUUCGGAUUCUGAGAGGAGAGCUCUACAGCUGCACAGUGAGGGAGGAAGCAUCCAUUCACGCUGUAAAGCAGCACUCAGGUCCACUCUGAGAGCAGACAGGAGAGCCCAGUACCUGUGGACCAUCAGCUACCAGGUUCUGGAUGCUAACGGGUUUGCUCUGCACUCCCCUCAGACGCUGUGCGAGGUGCGAGCGGAGGGGGUGAUUCCCGUGUUACAGGUGGUCGAUGCGUGCAGCUCUGGAGCUGCAGCCGUGAUCAGCAAGCGGCACAUGUGGGAACUCUUCUCAUUGGACGGCUUCAAUGAGCACGUGCGGUCUGCGGGUCUCUGUUUUCAAACGACCACCAAACGGCGGUCCAACCACACCAAAGUCCUGCUGGAUUUCAACUUCAGUUCUGCUCCUCUGAAUUCAGACCCUUCAGGCUUUAUGUUGAUGUUUCAGAACCCUGGUUCUGUGCCGGUGGACUGGGCGUUCUUGUUACCUGACGACCAUCAGGUUGAGCUGGACCGCUGGACAGACGGAGCAGAAUUUAGCAGCAAGGAGCUGAAUGAAGAGAAGUCGGGGGAACAUCUGUUCAGCAUUUCUCCAUGUUCGGGAACUUUGCCUUCUGGCCAGCAGAGGGCGGUGUGCCUUAGCUACAGACACGACCUUAGUGGAUCACACUGGCUGCCCGUUGUCUUCAGACUCUCCCAUGGCAGAGAGAUGUGGCUGAAUUUUCGAGGGCUGACAGCAGACUUAGAUAAACCGUGUCUGCACUUUGCCUCUGGUCAUCAUGUCUUCUCCUCAGUGGCUCUUGGAGACUGCAGUCCUCCACUGCAGAUGUAUGAAAUACACAACAGUGGAGCGGUCAGCGUCCAUUAUGAGGUGGAUUCAUCUGUGCUGCUGCAGCUUCAGGAGGACAACUUCAACCACGCCGUGCUGCGCUGCCUCAAUCCUCGUGGAGAGGUUCUGCCCGGGCGGACGGCUGUGCUGGAAUGGAUCUUCUCUCCACUGGAGGCUAAAGUCUACCACAUGGAGGUUCCCGUCCACAUCCAGAACAGCAGCUCCGCCCUCCUGAGGUUUGAAGGUCGAGGCCUUCAGGCUCUGAAGCUGAACUCCUCUGACUCUGACUGUGAGGUGGCGGUGCGUUCUGUCCGGAGGAGGCCGUUUCCUGGACAGCUUUUGUUCCUGUCAGAGGACAGCGUCUCUCUGGGGGACAUCCCCGUCCUCUCUCCAUCUUCAAGAAUCUUUUUCCUGACGAACGUGUCGAACACAGACUCUGUCGUCUACAGCUGGCAGCUUCCUCUGGAGAGCGGCCUGCAGAUCCGUCCAGAACGGGGUCGGGUCGGUCCAGGAGGAUGUGACCUGUGCGUCCUCACCUUCACUCCUUCUGACUACCCCGCCGUCUAUCAGCUGGACCUGGUCUGUCAGGUCACUCCAGAGGCUGCACUCACUCGAUAUCUCAAAGCUUUGGAUCUGUGGGAACAAGAGAAGCAACGACAGCUGGACGGGUUCACGGUCUCAGACCCAAACGUUUCUGAGAGACGGAUACUCCUGAUAGAAAAGGAGCCGACACGACUUCCAAGAAGGCUCAGGAAAUGCAAGACUCUUCCUCCACUUCAUCCCACCGAAAGCUUCAAGAGAGCAGAGACUUCAUGCACCAAACAAGGCAGAGCUGAGCGGAAAGUUCAAAUAUGGAGACGCCCUGAACCCCCCCAGCCUGCUCUGCUGCACCUGAGUGUGACGGCGCAGUCCCAUACACCUGAGGUUUACCGCACACACCUGCCUGAACGGUUCAGAAGACACUGCAGAUACCUUCAGCUGAUGGACCCCAGGCGUACUGUGAGCACAUCGCCCCCUGCUGGACAACCAGCAUCGCUGCACCGACCUGGCAGAGACGUCACGGUGAACAUUCUAAACUCUCUGCUGAGAGACAUUCUUGCUGAUUCCGUCUUUCUUCAGUCUUUACGGUCUUUGGCGUCCAAGGCGCCGUUUUACCGUCCUGCAGAAACGUCCUGCUGUUCCCCCACACCACCCACGCCUCCUCCUGCUUUUGGGGGGGCCACAGCAGGACCGACCCGGACCUCCUCCUCCGAGCGCGUCCCGGUUCACAUGGCUGAGGCCGUUUUAAUGAACACCUUCCAGAACUUGAUGAUGGCGGCCGUCAAAGGAGAGCUGGGCCUCACAGCGCCCCCCAGGGGCGUGUCUGUACCGUCCCCCUCAGUGAGAAACAGACUCAGCAGCAGAGACAGACGACAGACGGACGAGUGAAGACUCCUUCAGCUUCAUCAUGCUGGUCUGCCCCCCCCUUCAUCAUCAGUGUUUCCUCAUCAGAUCCGUCUGUGUGCAUUACAUUAAAUAAAACCAUAUUUCACAUA